AUGGCUUUGAUUUGCCGGGUACUACCAGCCUUUCUUGUGGUGCUCGCAGCACUCGCCACCCCCUCCAACUCCCACGGUGACGGUAAACUCACUCUCCGAUGCCAUCCAGACCAGGCUGCAACCCUCCUCCAACUAAAGAAAUCCUUCUCAUUCCUCCGUUACCCCAACCCCCUUGAGUCAUGGCAGGAUGGUACCGACUGUUGUCUUUGGGAAGGUGUCGGCUGCAGCAAUUCCUCGGGCCGUGUCACUGCUUUGGAACUCGGUGGGUGUGGCUCGUGUAGUCAGGGCCUUGACCCUGCAAUCUUCGACCUCACCUCGCUCCAAGUACUUGACCUUAGCAUGAACAAUUUUGGCCCGUACAGUCUCCCGGCAAAUGGGUUUGAGAGGCUCGCUUCGCUCACCCACCUCAACCUCUCCUAUUCAGGCUUCGUUGGCCAAAUACCUACUGGCAUCGGCAAACUUGCCAACCUUAUCUCCUUGGAUCUUUCUAAUAACUAUGGUUCCUGUUCCGAGGAUUCUUUUUGUAGCCAUGUUACAAAAACCCAUGAUUUUUUUCAGACCGAGCUGGAGGUACUGAACUUUGAGAUCUUAGUGGCUAACCUCAGCAGUCUGAGAGAGCUCUACCUUGAUGAAGUGGAUAUGUCUAGCAGCAGAGACUGGUGCCAUGCUCUUGCUAAAUCUCUUCCCCAUCUCCGAGUUCUUAGCUUGAGUUUUUGUGGCCUCAGCGGCCCUAUCUGUCCAUCCCUCUCAGCCCUCCACUCUCUAACCAUGAUCAAUCUUGAAGGGAACUUUGAUAUACCUGCUCCUUUUCCAGUGUUGUUCAUGGAUUUUCUCAAUUUAAGUGUGCUCCAACUUGCUGGGACAAAUCUCCAAGGGCACAUGCCCAACUUCUCCAACACAAGUUCUUUAGAGACAAUGAUGCUAGACGUGACCAAUUUCUCCUUCGGAAAACCAGGCUCUUUUAGCAAUUUCAAGUCUUUGCAAGCGUUAAGCCUUGAUGUGGAUUUUGCUUUUAUGGAGCAUCAAUCUUCACUCGGUAUUCACACGUCUUUACGACAUUUGGAACUCACCCAGAUGGACUCAACAAAAGAUUUGGGGCUAAUUUUGUCAUGGAUCGGAGACCUGCAAAACUUGGCAAGCUUAGAACUGAGAGGAUGGAACUUCUCUUGGAAAUCUUUUUCUUCAGUAGCCAAACUCAAGAACUUGAGAAGCCUGUCAAUGUAUUACUGCAGUUUCACCAAGCCAUCACUGCCGGCAAUUGGUAAUCUAGUAAAUUUGAGAAGCUUGGUGAUUCAUCAGUGCGAAUUGAAUGGUCCAAUGCCAUCUGCAAUUGGCAACCUCGCAGACUUGGAAAGCUUGGAAAUAACUGAUUAUGAUUUCUUAGGGCCAAUACCAUCUGCAAUUGGCAACCUCAGAAGCUUGAAAAGCUUGGAAAUUAAUGCUCAUGGUUUAUUAGGUCCAAUACCAUCUUCAAUUGGCAACCUUAGUAGCUUGAUAAGUUUGGCAAUUUCUACUUCUGAGUUUUCUGGGCCAAUGCCACCUGCAAUAUGCAAUCUUAGUAAUUUGGAGGUUUUGGAGAUGAGCAAUUCUGGGUUUUCUGGGCCAAUACCCUAUGCAGUUGGACUACUCAAGAAAUUGACAUCACUACGGCUUCAAGAGUCUAGCUUUUCUGGAAGCAUACCGGAUUCAAUAUUUAAUUUGACUCGCCUAAUUGAGUUAGAUCUUUCAUUUAAUCUUCUUAGUGGUAAGACUAUUUUCUAUAUUCUUAUAAUGAUUACUUGA